GCACCCCCAGAGCUGCAGGAGAAGACGCUGGUGCUGGUGAAGCCGGACGCGGUGCAGCGAAGACUGGUAGGGAAUGUCAUCCAGCGCUUCGAGCGGCGCGGCUUCAAGCUGGUGGCCAUGAAGCUGCUUCAGGCGGACCAGGGUCUCCUGGACAAGCACUACCAGCAGCUGCGGCAGAAGCCCUUUUACCCUGAGCUCCUCGCCUACAUGACCUCAGGGCCGCUGGUGGCCAUGGUGUGGGAAGGCUACAAUGUGGUCAAGUCCACACGGGCCAUGGUGGGGGAUACAAACUCUGCGACAGCGGCAGCGGGCACCAUCCGGGGAGACUUCAGCAUGCACGUCAGCAGGAAUGUGGUCCACGCCAGCGACUCCGUGGAGACGGCCCAGAGGGAAAUCGGCUUCUGGUUUCAGCGGAACGAGCUGGUGGUCUGGGAGAGUGGGGACCGGGACUACACCUACGGGCCUUAGGGUGGCCUCUGGCCCAGGCAGAAGCUCUGACCCUCCCA